AACCUUUCUCUCUCUCUAGAAAACACCUCCAUCUCUCUGUAUCGCUCUCUCUCUUACGGACGCAUUCGACGGUUAAUCCGUAAUCGCACAAUCGUCCUCCUCUAGUAUCGGAAGUCCAAUCGGCGAAUCAUAUACAUCGCCGCCGAUACACUACUCCUGGACCCCGACCGGGAAGACGUGACGGUUUUUUGAAAAUUAUUGUUUUAGCCGCCGGCUACCGGGGCGCCGGUGUCAAUUUAGGGUCUUCUGGAGAGAUCAUGGACUUUUUUCUACUUGGAUAAAUUGUUUCUUGUGGUUAUGAUUGAGAAAUCAUCUUCCUAGAGUUUUCAUGUGAGAAGAUGGCUUUUUUUGGGAACUAUUCUAGUGGUACAGUUGUAACAGAGGACAAGGACCAGAGACAUGGUCUUGGUGGAAUUCGCAACUCUGUAGGGAAUGAGUAUGUAGAUGCAACUUCUAGUGAUAAAGAAUAUGAUAUGAAUAUGGAUCUUCGGUACCAAAGUGAUGGUGAACCAGAUGAGCUCGGUGCUCUGCAGAGUGAGGCAACUGCUGAAAAUGAUGGUGCUGUUGUGAGUAACUCAAAUUUGCAGUCUUCUGGCAGAAGGUCAGCUCUGUCUGGAAAAUGGGGUUCAACUUUUUGGCAGGACUGCCAACCUAUGGGCUCUAGGGGUGAAUUUGAUUCUGGGCAUGGUUCUAGGGAUGAUGGAUUAGAGUUAGAGGAUGGUGAUGGGAAGACAGAUGUGGGAAAGAGUCACAGGGACCACUCUGAUGUUCCUGCGAAUGAGAUGUUUUCUGAUGAAUGUUAUGAGCUAGAUGGGGAACAUCAAAAUGACUCAAUGCAUCGCAGGGGUCUCAGUAACUCUAUUGGGGGGAAUUCUCGACUGCAGUCAAGGCCUGUCUUUGGUAACAAUUUGUCUAGGGGUUCAAGAUCUUUAAAUAAACAUUAUGAUGAUGCCGAUGGUGGUGAUGAUGAUGACAAAGGAAAUAAUGAUGAUGAUGAUGAUGCUGAUUACGAAGAUGAGGAUGAUCAAGAUGAAGAUGACCCAGCUGAUGCAGAUUUUGAACCUGAUUAUGGUGGCACAAGUGGGCGUGCAGGGAACAAGGAUAAGGAUUGGGGUGGUGAAGACUCUGAUGAAGAAAAUAUCAGUGAUGUCAAUGAUGAAUUGGAUGUCUCAGAUGAAGAUGAUUCUUAUUACAUGAAGAAACCCAAGGGUAGGCAACAAGUUAAAAGUGGAUGCAAUGUGCAAUCUUUUAGAGAACGCAGAUCCCUCCAUACAUCCACACGACCAAAAAAAGUAAAGAAAUCAUGGGCAGGAGAUGAGUAUUCGGCAGAGGACUCUGGUAGUGACAGUGAUGAUGAUUUGAAGAGUUCGACGAGAAAAGGUGCACAGUUGCGAAAAGGCACCGGUCGGUCCACCACGUACAUGAAUAUUGGUGCUCAAAACAGUGAGGUUCGCACUUCUAGUAGGUCAGUUCGCAAGGUAUCGUAUGUUGAAAGCGAAGAGAGUGAAGAUAUUGAUGAAGGCAAAAGGAAGAAAUCCCAAAAGGAAGAAAAUGAAGAGGAAGAUGGAGACUACAUAGAAAAGGUACUUUGGCAUCAGCCUAAGGGCACUGCUGAAGAUGCUUUGAGGAACAAUAGAUCAACAGAACCUAUUCUGUUAAACCACUUGUUUGAUUCUGAACCAGACUGGAAUGAGAUGGAGUUCUUGAUCAAAUGGAAGGGCCAGUCACAUUUGCACUGUCAGUGGAAAUCGUAUUCUGAACUUCAAAAUCUAAGUGGUUUUAAGAAGGUCUUAAAUUAUACCAAAAAAGUGAUGGAGGAUGUCAGGUACAGGAAGGCAUUCUCACGUGAGGAGCUCGAAGUCAACGACGUAAGCAAGGAAAUGGAUCUAGAUUUAAUUAAGCAAAAUAGUCAGGUGGAGAGGAUAAUUUCUGAUCGAAUCUCUACAGAUAGCUCUGGUAAUGUGCUGCCUGAGUAUUUAGUAAAGUGGCAAGGUCUAUCUUAUGCUGAGGCAACAUGGGAGAAGGACAUUGAUAUUGCAUUUGCUCAAGAUGCUAUAGAUCAGUACAAGGCGCGUGAGGCUGCCAUGGCAACACAAGGGAAAAUGGUGGAUCUCCAGCGCAAGAAGGGAAAAGCAAGUUUACGAAAGCUUGAUGAACAGCCGGAAUGGUUGCGGGGAGGAAAACUUCGUGAUUAUCAGCUUGAGGGUUUGAAUUUUCUUGUUAAUAGCUGGUUAAAUGAUACAAAUGUCAUUUUAGCUGAUGAAAUGGGUCUUGGUAAGACCGUGCAGUCGGUUUCCAUGCUUGGCUUUUUACAGAAUGCUCAACAGAUCCCUGGACCGUUUCUUGUUGUUGUACCAUUGUCCACAUUGUCUAACUGGGCUAAAGAGUUUCAGAAGUGGCUUCCUGAUAUGAAUGUGAUUGUAUAUGUUGGUACACGAGCAAGUCGCGAGGUUUGCGAGCAAUAUGAAUUUUAUAAUGAUAAAAGAGGUGGUCAGCCUAUAAAGUUUAAUACCCUAUUGACUACUUAUGAAGUAGUUCUGAAGGAUAAAGCUGUUCUAUGCAAGAUCAAGUGGAAUUAUUUGAUGGUUGAUGAAGCUCAUAGGUUAAAAAAUAGCGAGGCACAAUUGUACACAACUCUGUCGGAAUUUAGCACCAAGAACAAAUUACUUAUCACUGGCACUCCUUUGCAAAAUAGUGUGGAAGAGCUUUGGGCUCUACUUCACUUUCUUGAUCCUGAUAAGUUCAAGAGUAAGGAUGAUUUUGUUCAAAAUUACAAGAAUCUUAGCUCAUUCAAUGAAAAUGAGCUUGCUAACCUUCAUAUGGAAUUGAGGCCUCAUAUUCUCCGAAGAAUUAUCAAGGAUGUAGAGAAGUCAUUGCCUCCUAAAAUCGAACGGAUACUUAGGGUUGAAAUGUCCCCUCUUCAGAAGCAGUACUAUAAGUGGAUUUUGGAACGCAACUUUCAUGAUUUGAAUAAAGGAGUUCGUGGGAAUCAGGUCUCCCUUUUAAAUAUUGUCGUAGAGUUGAAGAAGUGUUGCAACCAUCCGUUCCUAUUUGAAAGCGCUGACCAUGGUUAUGGCGGGGACAUCACCACUACAGAGAGCAGUAAACUGGAAAGAAUCAUCUGGAGCAGUGGGAAGCUAGUUAUUCUUGACAAGCUUCUUGUCAGAUUACAUGAGACAAAGCAUAGAGUCCUGAUCUUCUCACAGAUGGUUAGAAUGUUAGACAUACUAGCACACUAUAUGUCACUUAGAGGUUUCCAAUAUCAGAGACUUGAUGGUAGCACCAAGGCUGAGUUGCGUCAGCAGGCUAUGGAUCACUUCAAUGCUCCUGGUAGUGAGGAUUUCUGUUUUCUUCUUUCAACUCGAGCUGGUGGUCUCGGUAUUAACCUUGCAACAGCUGACACUGUCAUAAUAUUUGAUUCAGAUUGGAAUCCACAAAAUGACUUACAGGCAAUGAGUAGAGCUCAUAGAAUUGGACAACAAGAAGUUGUUAACAUCUAUAGAUUUGUUACAAGCAAAAGUGUUGAGGAAGAUAUCUUGGAAAGAGCUAAGAAAAAGAUGGUUCUUGACCAUUUGGUGAUCCAAAAAUUAAAUGCAGAGGGCAGAUUAGAGAAGAAAGAAGCAAAAAAAGGGAGUUAUUUUGACAAAAAUGAGCUUUCAGCAAUCUUAAGAUUUGGGGCAGAAGAACUUUUUAAGGAGGACAAAAAUGAUGAAGAAAGUAAGAAAAGGCUCCUAAGUAUGGACAUCAAUGAAAUCCUUGAAAGGGCUGAAAAGGUUGAAGAGAAGGUAGAAGCUGAAGCGGAUCAAGGAAGUGAACUAUUGAGUGCUUUCAAGGUUGCCAAUUUCUGUAGUGCUGAAGGUGAUGGGAGUUUUUGGAGUCGUUGGAUAAAACCAGAAGCUGUAGCUCAAGCUGAGGAGGCUCUUGUUCCUCGAGCUGCUAGGAACACAAAGAGCUAUGCCGAGUCCAAUCAACCUGAUAGAAAUAAAAGGAAGAAGAAAGGAUCUGAACCCCAGGAGCCUCAUGAGAGGGUCCAGAAGCGUCGUAAAGUAGAUUAUUCUGUCCCGUCAGCACCAAUGAUUGACGGAGCAGUUGCUCAAGUAAGAGAAUGGUCUUAUGGGAAUCUGUCCAAGAGAGAUGCAUUGCGCUUUUCUCGUGUGGUAAUGAAAUUUGGGAAUGAGAGGCAGAUAAGCUCCAUUGUUGCAGAGGUUGGUGGUGCAGUUGCUGCAGCUCCUCCUGAAGCACAGAUUGAACUAUUUGACACUUUAAUUGAUGGCUGUAGGGAGGCUGUUAAAGCAGAAAAUCUGGACCCAAAGGGUUCCCUGUUGGAUUUUUUCGGUGUCCCUGUGAAGGCUAAUGAACUACUUACCCGUGUUCAAGAACUUCAGCUCCUAGCCAAGCGCAUUAGUCGGUAUGCGGAUCCAAUUGCACAGUUUCGAGCUUUGUCAUACCUUAAGCCCUCAAAUUGGUCCAAAGGUUGUGGCUGGAAUCAAAUUGACGACGCAAGACUGCUGUUGGGAAUACACUACCAUGGAUUUGGCAAUUGGGAAAAGAUAAGGUUAGAUGAAAGCCUUGGCCUUACAAAGAAGAUUGCUCCUGUUGAACUUCAGCACCAUGAGACGUUUCUACCACGUGCUCCAAAUUUGAAGGACCGUGCAAAUGCGCUUCUAGAAAUGGAACUAGCUGCUAUUGGUGGAAAGGGAACAAAUGCUAAAGCUGGUCGUAAGUCUUCGAAGAAGGAGAAGGAAAAGAUUUUUAACAUCUCAAUGCCUCGGAGGGAGAAGAGAGGAACUUUUAAUUCUCCUAUGGUUGUCCAAAAUAAAGACAGACCAAAGAAAACCCAGAAACUUGAACCUUUAGUGAAAGAGGAGGGUGAAAUGUCAGACAAUGAGGAAGUAUAUGAGCAGUUUAAGGAAGUAAAAUGGAUGGAGUGGUGUGAAGAUGUCAUGGUUGAUGAAAUUAGAACUCUGAAUCGUCUUCAUAAGUUGCAGACCACCAGUGCCAAUCUUCCAAAAGAAAAGGUACUUUCGAAAAUUCGGAAUUAUUUACAGCUUAUUGGACGAAGGAUAGAUCAAGUUGUUGCAGAUCAUGAAGAGGAACUUUAUAGACAAGAUAGGAUGACCAUGCGAUUAUGGAACUAUGUUUCAACAUUUUCAAAUCUCUCUGGAGAAAGGCUUCAACAGAUCUAUUCCAAACUCAAACAAGAGAGGGAAGAGGAGGUAGGAGUUGGACCAUCACAUGUCAAUGGCACCGGGUGCAGUCUUAUUGACAGAGAUGGAGAUGCUAAUCAUUUCAUGCGGCAAAGAGGGCACAAGACCAUCUAUCAAAUGGCAGAACCAUUUCAUAGGGGUCGUGAUACUGGGAAUUUAGAAGGUUGGAAACAAAGAAGUAUGGAAGCUGAUAUCCAUUCUCUUGUUCAGCCUCCGCCUCAGGGACAUUUGAGUAACAAUGGCUCUCGUUUAGCUGAUCCAAACUCACUAGGGAUUCUUGGAGCGGCACCAUCUAACAGUAGAAGAUUUGGUAAUCGACUGCGUCAAUCUAACGUUCCCCCUCGACAUAAUUUCUCAUCAGGUAUCAAGUAGUGAUUAUGUAUGAAAGGAGAGCUACUGAUUCAGGAGAUUGCACCAUCUGCUUUCGCCUUGUGGCUUUACUGCUUCAGCCACUGAAUGCUCGAAUAGAAUUCUUUUUUGAGCAAUGGAAAUAAUAACAGCCGCAUAACCUUAAAUUGGUUUUGAGUAUCUGAUUUCAAUGAACUGUCGGAUGGGAAUUGCAACAUCGUAAGAGAACUCUGCCGAGUUUAGAACGCGAGAAUCAAUUAUCAAGACUACAGAACAGUUCAGUUUCGUGCCGUUUUUGGUUGAUGAGUCAUACAAAUUAUUUUAGUAGAUGGUGUAAUGAGGGGUAGAAUCAACUCAAAAGUAUACAUGUAUGAGGGGCACAUAUUACUUGUAUGUUAGAAAAAUUUGUACAUUAUCAGUUUUGCAAUAUUCUUUAAUAGCAGUGAGUUUACUCCGACCGAUUCUG